UUGGUGCCAUUAAGAUGUGCGCUUCUAGGUGUGCAGCAUGAAUAUAUUCGCAACGCCCUUACCCUGAUAUUAUUUGUCGUGUAAAACUGGUGACAGUCCAGAAUUUUGACACUGUGAGUGAUCUUGGAGCUAUCUAGACUUCUAGAGAGAUUUCGUAAUUCUAGUGCUGUUGGAACCCGAUAGCCGAGCGGAACCGACUUACUGCGGCGCGUUUGUUAGAAGUUUUACCAGGACUUAUGAGAGUACUGCACAAGUGAACUUUUCCAAAGUCUAAAUUAUGUUUAGGUGAAUUCAGACUUGUUGACUAAACGUAUUUUAUUUGAUCUACAUGAUGUACGAAGAAGACAUCCUCUACUUCAAGAGUCGAGCCAUGGCAGGACAGGGGCUGAUGAACCCAUACUUCGGCUCAACGGCGAGCAGCCUGACCAGCAACUUGGUCGACCAGAUCGAACGAUACCGACUUGGCAUUACACAUUCACCAAUGGCGAUGCAACACACAAUCCCUGGGUUCCAUGGGGAUUUCAUCAAAGGACCUCACUUGCCCCCCGGUUUCCCCAUGAACACCAAGCCCGACCCCAGAAUUAAAGUGCGUCUAGAGAACGAAAAUCUCUGGAACCAAUUCGACAAGUUCUGCACUGAAAUGAUCAUCACAAAGCUGGGCAGGCGUAUGUUCCCCACCGUCAAGAUCUCGAUUACUGGCCUGGAACCAAGCACGAAAUAUUUCGUCUUGAUGGACAUAAUUCCAGCUGAUGAUUCAAGAUACAAAUUCCAGAGCAAAGAAUGGGUAGUGGCAGGAAAGGCAGAGCCUCACCUCCCAGGACGUCUCUACAUCCACCCCGACUCUCCUGCCUCGGGCGCACAGUGGAUGCGUCAUCCAGUUUCGUUCCAGAAGGUGAAGCUGACAAACAAUAACCUGGACCAGCAAGGUCACAUCGUACUCAAUUCCAUGCACAAAUUCCAGCCCAGGAUCCAUAUUGUAGCUGCAAACGACAUCCUUAGCCUGCACUGGGGCAUCUAUAACAGCUUCACAUUUAGCCAGACGCAGUUCUUGGCAGUAACUGCGUAUCAGAACGACCGUAUCACUCAACUCAAGAUCAACAAUAAUCCCUUCGCUAAAGGCUUCCGUGAGAACGGACAGCUUAGGUCCAAGAAGCGCGCUGGUGGUACCUCUCCUCCUGCCUGCGAAAUUACCAGUAGCUCACCCGAGAAGACGCCUUCCGAAGAAUGCUGCGUAGACAAGAGGAAACGACCAAACAGUGUGGGCAGCUCACAUGACAUUGAAGAGAUGGACGACCGCCCUGGAUCAUCGAUGUCCGUCGAGAAAGACCUCGUAGACCCCGACGAAAAAGUCGACAUCGAAGGCCCGGCGACACCGGCUUCAUUUCUCCGACCCGUGCGAUCGUCUCCAUCUCCAUUCCUACCUUCCACCCGUCCUCCAGUUAAGUCAGAAGGCAUUGAUCAGAGCGCAAUAGUGUCGUCGUUAGUGCCAUCCGUGACAUCACCGCUACCAUCAACGGACUCUUCGUUGAAACUUCUGACCCCUCCCGUUACCAGCUCCUCUGGAAGCACUGGAAACAUCCCCAUUUUGCCUCAUGAUCCAGGUUUACUCUCUUCACAUCAACACUGUUUGACGUCAUAUGGAGGUCCUGUGCCACCAAAUUCAGCACCAAUGCUUUAUCCUCAUAUAUAUUACGGCCACAUAGUGCAUCCUGCUGUGUAUUUGGGUCGGACCCACCCGUUGCCUCUUCCUCCCCUACCUUCCCCUCACUCAACAUCAUCAGUUUUAGACAAAGCAGCUCGAGAUAUGUACGGUUAUCCUUACUUAAGGCAUCACGCCCCCCAUCCUCCUUCAUUGCUGGCUGGACCACCAAGACCCAUCCCUAUGCACGGCUACAGCUACGCGCUUCAACAUCAGGUGCCCGCGAAUCUUUGAAGAAACCCGUUCUUCUUUAGUCCGGUAUAUCUGAGGUAUUGUACAAAUAAUUUAGACCCUUCCUCCUGAUGCACAGAGGUAUAUUUGAUUCGAGGCGUAGUCUGUUAAAAAAUAUCUGCUCAGUAAUCUAUUGCGAAUGCAUGCGUUUCCAUGUAACCAUUCAAACAAAGUUGUUUCCUUGUGUUUUACGUUUCAAAUGGUUUUGAUCAUGCAGAGGCUCGUCAGAAGCAAUAUCGCUUGCAAGAAACAGAAGGGAGAUAAAUUCAGUUUAUUACUUGUGCAUAAUAUGUUGCUUUAUCAUAUUUGAAUGUUUUUAGCGAUAAUGUAGACAUUGAUAAAUUCAUUAUAAACAGUUUUGGUAGGGCAUUUCUUCUUAAAUCUCCCAUUAUCUUAAAAUCAUUAUAUAAAUUCAUUAAAAAUUUUGUUUCUUCUUUGCUGGUGUAGAAGUAACUUUGCUAACAUAAUUAAAAAAUAAAUGUAUAACCGUUAUAAUACUACAUUUGAAUAGCUGCGUUAUUUAGCUCAACUUUCACAGGCCGACAUCAGCAUUAAAGCGAAGCUCAUGUACGGGGAGUUGCUCAUUUUGUGAACAAAAUCCGUGGUGCUAGCAAUUGUAAAAAUGACUAAUUCAAUGUAAAUAAGAAAGAAUAAGCGUCCCCGAUUGCUCCUUCUAUAGAAUAAAAUAUAUUUUGGAGUAAUUCUGUAAAUGCUGGAGCCGAAUGCAUCUAAACGCAAAUCACCAUGCGAGACAAUUGAGCUAAUAAAGUCUCUAUCGUAGUAGCGAUGCACAUUUACCAGACAGUACAUUGACUGUCCUGACACAUUUUGGUGACCUUACAGACAGGGCAGUUAAGAUGAGCAUUUUAAUACUAUUUAUGCCGCCCUUUUUUAAAUAUCAGUAAAUAACUUGACUAAUGUAUUAAAAAUAACCAAAUCUGGGAGCAUUUAAACCAGAAAAAUUAAAAUUUUCAUUCUGAAGAAAAAAAUAUUUAUUUAAAUGAAUAUAAAAUGCCCCCAUAAAUUCCAUGAGCUUGUCAUAGGCUCAGCUGAUCGCUAUAGAUUUUUUAAGUGGUGAAAGUCUGGCUACUAUUUAAAACGAAUGCUCUGUCAUUUAACCUUGUUUUCCUAUAUAGUUAAAUAAACUAAAGCUGAAUAUAUGUACAUACUGAGACGCGUUAGCUUGUACUUUAUCCUGUGUCAUAGAAGAUCAUUUAAAGUAAUUUAUGUUUGUAAAAAUCUUGCAAUAACUUGUCUGUAAAUAAGUUUAGCGCCAAAGAAGAUAAACUUUGUUUGGGGGAUUCGGCAAAAAGCUUCUACUUCUGGAGAUUCAUUUGUGGCAGGGAUGAAUGUGCUCAAUUUUGAGCAGCCGGGCGAAUGGUUUUUGAAAAUUCUUUGCCGAUGGACAAGCCAGCAAUUUACUUAAAAUCCUAUUAGAAAUUGUUAGAUAAACAUUUCCUAUACCUGCAAAGUUUCCGUGACUGCGACCUAUGAACUAUGAUAUUGUCCAAUUGAUAUUGCUAAAUUACGGUUCUUCCUUGACCCAUGAACUUUAUUUUUUGCCCCAUACGGGUACAAGGCAAAUAAUUGUACUUUAAUUAAGCAAGCUCUCCAUAUCUUUUGUUUUGAUAGUCGAACGACGCUCCAACAGAAAGUCCCCUCUUUUGCGCAGAAAUUAUUUUUUGAUUAUUGCCAAACGAUUCUUGACGCUAUGUUUUAACGUAGAUAAUAAAUUUAAUAAUUAAAGGUAUUAUAUGCAUUUAAAUUCAGUCUUAAUUUUCAACUUCAGCUCAAAUUCCAAUGUAGAAAUGCUUAGCUACACAAAUGAGGGAAGACGGCAAGAAGGAAUUACGUGAAGAUGUUUGGAUUUGUUACAUGUGAUACGCGAUUGAUUUCGGUUUUGCCCAUGUCAAUAGCAUGAAAGUAGGAAUUUGCAUUUGAGGUUGCGUAUUUUUAAUAAUGUUUAGAUUUUCUAUACUUUAGUAUUCCUGUAUUUUUUGCAAUGCGCAUCCCCCCUAUUCACACCCAUAACUUGGCACACAUAUUUGUAAAGAAUCUUAAAGCAUUUCUUGAGACGGUGUAUUUUACAUGUUAUUAAAUCGAUCGUUGGGCAAAUCUAUAGCAGAUUCAUGGAUGAUGUAUUUGUAGUUAAUUACCAAUAAUUAUUCUACAUCAAUCGUCGCAAAUGUGCAGGGUUAUGACAGGCAUUUACCCGUCAACCCGAUUGACGGCUAAUUUUGCUUGUCUUGUCUAUAUUUCAGUUUUUUACGGUUUCCUUUAUGAAACUUGCAAAAAAACGUGUUUUAAUGUGAUUAACAUAAUGACGUCAUACACGUUUCCUUAAUUUGAUCGUAUUUUUAGGUAUUUAACCGUAAAAUUAACUGCGAGUUGAGGAAAGAGGAAUUUUAAUAUUUAGGAUAACUAAUUCUGAAGAUUGAUCCCAAUGCCUUUAUGACAUGCGCGGGGGUCAACCAGUUCAAUUCCUCUGUUCUUCGUUGUCUCUAUAAUUAAAUGAGUUAUUCAUUGAUAGAAUAAUCGGUGGACACAAGUUUGGUUUGGUGGUUGUUAUGCUGAAUAAUAAAGGCAUGAUCAGGAAGCUGUUUAUGUUGCGAUUAAAAUUAAGUUUUGUGCCAAGAUCGCUUAUUAUGACACAUUAAUUGCCGCUGGUUUGUACCUUCCUUUUUGUGCUAUUGUUAAGUAUUGUGAAUGUUUGUGUGGGAGCCAUUAAACGUUAGAGAAUGGGAA